AUGAAGCGGAGACUGUCCGCGAACGAUCGGGACGAACGGACGGGAUCAGAGCGCGCGCGGGCUCGCAUCGGCGAGGAGGGCUCGCUACAUAACCAGGACGGUGUCUCAACGAACUGCGCCGAGGACGACAUGGCCGCCCUGCUCUCGCUGCUCGCUUGCCCGCUCUGUGCUCGACAAGUGGAGCUGCCCGUGACGCUGCUGUGUGGGCACACGCUCUGCGCACAUCACGUCGAGCAGGACGGCCAACUCCGCCUCGCGCCCUGCCCGCUUCCAGCUUGUCUCGCUCUGUCCUCUUCGUCCACUUCUCCCGACAUCCCCUCGACCUCUCGCGUGACGUUCAUCCCUGCACCGCUUCCGCCGCCCGAUGCCGCCCCCGCUCCGUUCGCGAGCAUUGAUCUGCGCACCGACGUCACUUCGUCAAAGGUUGCAGCUCUUGUGCGCCGUCAUGCAUCCGGAAACGCCAUCGCCGCCCCCAGCCCAUACGCUUCAGUCGACUCGUCCGAUGCAGAACCUGAAGUCGACGCGUCGCUUUCGACUCCGUACGUCGCCGAACGACCGAGGAAGCGCAGGCGACGCCAACAGCCGUCAGACGAGAGUCGUGCUCUCCUUGACAAGGAACUGACGUCUGAGCUUACUUGCGAAAUCUGCCUGUUGCUGCUAUACAAGCCGCUGACGACGCCGUGCCAACACACGUUCUGCGGCAAGUGUUUACAACGUUCCCUCGACCACAACACUCAAUGUCCGCUCUGUCGGCAUGAUCUUGCUGGGUAUGCUUAUCAUCCUCAGCAACCCUGCAAUAAACUCGUUCUCUCCAUUUUGCUCCGCGUGUUCCCAGAUACAUAUGCCGAGCGCGGUCGCCAAGUGGAGCAAGAGGAGCGUGACGCUCGCCUGGAUACUCCCGUCUUCGUCUGCCAGCUGACUUUUCCCGGUAUGCCGACACUGCUGCACGUAUUCGAGCCUCGCUACCGGCUCAUGCUUCGACGUUGUCUCGAGUCCUCGACGCCCACAUUCGGGAUGGUCAUGCCCCCACGCCCGACCCAGUUUGGGAACGGCAACGACUUCGGCACGAUGCUUGAAAUCCGUAGCGUGAAGAUGCUUGCCGACGGCCGAAGCAUGGUAGAGACAUGGGGAACACAUCGCUUCAGGAUCCUCGAACGAGGUACGCUCGACGGCUACAUGGUCGCGCGCGUUGAACGCAUCGAUGAUUACCCCGAUACAUAUUCCGGGCCAGAGGACGAUAUACCCGCGCCCCUUACAGCGCCUGUAGGUGCCUCGCAUAUCUUAACCCUCGACCCCGACGCUCCACCCUUAUUCCCUGCGCUGCCACCUUCGCCUGAACAGCCAGAUGUACUGGUCAGAAUCUGUCAUGCAUUCUUGGACCAGCUGCGUCAAGGUGCUGCGCCGUGGGUCGUCACACGACUUUCUCACACGUACGGACCCAUGCCCGCGGAUGCAACAAACUUCAGCUUCUGGAUGGCCAUGUUGUUGCCGAUCGACGAGUAUGAGAAGGCAAGGCUGCUGCCUAUUCGAAGCGCGCGCUUGCGCUUGCGUCUGGUUGUGUAUUGGAUUGAGCAGCUAAACAGUAAUUGGUGGUUCACAAACGGAUGCGUGAUUUCAUAG